AUGGCGUGGAUUACAGCAACUAAUCCAAUACACAACACGUUUUCGUCGCUUUUCGCCGAAAACGGAGAUACCAUAACAAUCAAUGAAGAUUGCUUGGCUAUAUUAGAGAAAAUCUUCCUCAAGCUAAUAGGCGAAGAUGCCACCUUGAGGACAUUUAGAAGGGCCAUCGGAUUCGGCCAAAAUAUCAGAAAGAAUCUGAUACCUUUACUCCUUUACGUCAAAGACGAUACCAAAAUUACAAACGCAACAAAAAUCAUCGAUACCAUCGUCAAAAUAUUGGUCAAUCUUACCAUACCAGUCGAGUAUUUGCUCCCCGUGGAGGCGAUGUCGCGCACAGAAGUCGAAAAACACACGAUAUUCGAGCUGAACAACCUCUUAACCUCCAGCAAGGAGGCCUUCACGGACAGCAAGAGCACCAAAGCCCUGCUCGAGCACAUGAAAUUCAUCGUCGAAUCCUACUCGGAGCUGAAUUCCGAGCAAUGCGACAGCAUCAACAACUGCUUGCUGCUGCUGCGGAACAUCCUCCACGUGCCCGAGCACAAAGCCCCUUCGUCCAACGGCUCUUUAUGCCACACCAGCAUGCAGAACCAGAUCAUGUGGAACCUCUUCUCCCAAAACAUCGACAAGGUCAUCAUUUAUCUCAUGUCUUGUCCGCAAAAGGUUUAUUGGGGGGUUACUAUAGUCCAACUGAUAGCUCUGCUGUAUAAAGACCAGCACGUUGGUACGCUACAAAAGCUCCUCAACCUGUGGCUGGAGUCUUCCUACAGCGAUAGUUCGGACGACAACGAGAGCAACACCUCCCCACCAGAUAGAGGCAGCGACGAUUUCUCCCCGGUCACUACCUCAGAUCCCACUUCUGAUUCCAGCGAUAAUGGCGGCAACGACCGCAACAAAGGCAACAACGCUAACAACAACAGGAUUAUUAUUGAUAGAGAAGCCAUGAGAGCAGCGCAAAAUAGAAGCAAAAGCCUCAUUGCUAUAAAAAGGAACAAGAGUACCGAAACUGAAACCAGCAUGAGCAGCAGCGGAGUGUCGUCUAUGGGACAAAGUAUAGAAAGCAACGAUAUGGCUCAAACGAUGCCGUUCAUUCAGCCGUCGGUGCAGAAAGCAAACGGUGCAAAGCGAUCGAUGUCGAUGUGCCAGUCGAACCAAAGCGAGAUAUCGGACUGCGGGUACGUUACCCAGGUGGAGAACCAGGAAUCGAUUUCCACGUCGAGCAACGAGGACGAGAAACCGGUGCACCAGAAGCCGCCCAAUUUCCAGAAGACGCGCUACGUCGCCAACAAGAACAGGGCCACCACCGCCUUGGAGAAGAAGGAAUUGAGAAGGAAGAAGUUGGUGAAGAGGAGGAAAACUAAUAUCAUCAACUUGAAAGGCCUCGUCCAUCAUUUACCUACCGAUGAAGAUAUAGCGAAUAUUUUGAAGGAAUUCACCGUGGAUUUCCUGUUGAAAGGAUACGGGACCUUAGUGAACGACCUUUACACGGAGCUACUGUCUUACAUGCACGUGCACAUCGACACUUCGCACUUUUUCUGGCUGGUGACCUAUUUCCUCAAGUUCGCCAUUCAGCUGGAACUCGACCCGGAGCACGUCAGCCAGGUCCUCUCCCAGGACAUCAUGAACUACUUGGUGUUCCAGGGCGUUUGGAUCUACGAGGAGCUGGAGAUCAGCUACACAGUGCCCGGCGUCGACUUGAAACCUUGCCUGCGAAGAUUACAUUUAGUGGUGACGGCCAUCAGGGAGUUCCUGCAGGCCAUCGAGGCCUACCAGAAAAUGAUGCACCUCUGCGACUCCGACAAGGACCACUUGGCGCAGCUGCAGCAGCAAAUAGCCCAGCUGAAGGAUUUGAAGAUGCUGUUCGUGCUGUUGCUGAGGCAGUACAACCCCAACGUUCAAACCAGGCAGUACUUGCAGGACCUCAUAUUGACCAACCAUUGCGUGUUCCUGUUCGUGGAGAAGACCUGCCAGAACCAGGAGCAGCACGAGGCGAUGAUGGAGCAUUUGAAAAAUUUCGCUAGUGUAGAAAUAAUGCGUAACUACGGGUUGCUGUUGGAGAAUUUCAAAGAAAACGGCGAAUUCGUCAACAAUUGCAUAUUCACCAUGAUGCAUCACAUCGGAGGCGAUUUGAAUAACGUUGAAACGUUGUUUCAACCGACCAUUUUGAAAACUUUCUCGCAGAUUUGGGAGACCGACUACGAAUUGUGCGAUGAUUGGUCCGAUCUCAUUGAGUACGUUAUACAUAAAUUUAUUAAUACUCCCGGUACCUGUUGCAUAGAUAAUUCAGCGGAUUUAGAUAGCGACGGAUUAUCGAAGAAGAGCCAAUCCGAGUGGACGCAAGAAGAGAAAGAAACGCUCCUAAAAUAUUACAAUCAAAGCAAAGAAUCCUCCGACGCCAUAGCCGAAAUAACGGAGAAAUACGAAGCGAGCGGCUUCAAGUUCAAAUCGCAAAUAUCGGUGAUACAGGAGCUGCUCGAGCAGCACAUCAUCACCGAGAACGAGUACCACGAACUGCUGCGACACCACCGCAUCGACGCCAUCGAGUCCUUGCCCGAAGAGGCCCAUUCGAAGCAAACCGUCGAAGAAAACAACAACUCCUUGUGCGAGGACAACCUCAUCGACAGCGACACCAAAGUGAUCAGGGACUAUUUGUCCAAGGAGAACAACGGGAAAUUUUUAACGUGGCUGCAGAACGUUCUGCUGGAGGCCUGCUAUGUAAAAUUGGUGCUCUCGGAGCCUGAGGAAUUCAGAGAUGGGAGCUCGGUGCUCGAACCGUCUUUGUACUAUUUCGCCUUAUCGAAUCUACCGAUGCCUCUUGUACCAUGGACUUCAGAGCAAUCGAGCAUACUGAAUCAUCGACCGUUCGUAGUGUUACUCCACAAAUUAGGGUUCUAUCUGCCGGUAGAUACGGGCAAAAUGUUCGUGAGGAUACCGAACUUCUGGACGCCCGAUUACAUGUUCAGUAUAGCUCAAUUACUGGGACCCAUAAAUAGAGAUAAAUUAAAAUUUGAUGUCGACAAAAUGAAAGGUGCCGACACAAACGGCAUUUUCGAAUUAAAAUCAAACAUGCCGCCGUCAAUUUUUGAUACUGGGAAAUUUUCUGUGCCAGAAUUAAAAUUGACCCCUUCGAUUUGUAGAUACACACCAUUACCAAACUCUUCAGAAUGGUUCCAAAAUUUCUUAAGAGUAAGACUCCCUCCGUCUUCUAUGGAUUGUUACGAACCUACUUCUAGCACGAGCCAGCUUUCCAUAGCGAUCCCGGAGACGGAUAUCUCCUGCCACCACCUGCCGCCGCCGGAAUUAGCCAUCGUCUGCAAGUCGAACAGCCCCGCCGCCCCCAUGGACUGCCUGCAGCUGCACCACCAGUGCCUCCCGCACGGGGGCGACCUGGUGCUCAGCGACGUCGAGCGAGCCAGCAAUUGUGAUACCGCCUCCAUGGCCUCCGAUUUGACUAGGAUGUGCGUUAGUGACGAGGACGAGAAAGUCGAUAAAGUGAUACUGGUCCUGAGGGACGGUGAUAAGGUAACGUGA